ACUCUCGACGCCGAACAUUCACCCAGUUUGUUUGGGUAAUCCUGUCUGUUGGUUGCUGAAAUUCAGAGAUCAAAUUCCUCUGCAAUCAAUAAUAAUGUUUUUGUGUCUGCUACUGUUUUAUAUAUAUAUUAAACAUAUCGAAACGUUGGGAACUCUAUAUCUAUCUAAGAUAGAUAGAUAUAAAACAACGUGGAAUCUUAUUUAAUCGUUUUUCCCCCCCGUCGGACAGUUUACACAGACGCACUCAAGUCCGCUCGAAUCGGCGAAUCUGCGAAGCUGUAAUUAUCACGACAGAAGAAAGGCAAGAUCUGGACCGUACCACUGGUAUAAACUGUGGCAAAGAGAGUAUAAAUGAAAGCUGAGCAAAAACUGUGCCGCUCUGGGAUAAUGCAUUUCUUUCGGAACCGGCUGGUAGUCCUGGGUCUAGUGCUGCUGGCGACCGUGCUGCUGUACCUGCUGCUGCCCGCCAUCCGCCAGGGCAGUAUGGAACCCUUCUUGAAUGUCCAGAGGAUGGGGCUGACAGGAGGCUCUCCCACAGCUCCGACCGCCAGAUUCCCUAAGCCAGUCAACAUCACAAUCCGCACGGGCCAGCUGGCCGGAGACCCGCCUCUCUUCUUCAGGGAAACGAUCAGCGUCGAUGCAGCGGGGAAGAAGAUGCAGCCCAGGCUGCAGGUGGUUCUGCUGCACGGUCAGGCCUUCACCUCAAAGACCUGGGAGGACCUGGGCACCCUGACUUUACUGGCUAGUCACGGCUACCAAGCACUGGCCCUGGACUUGCCCGAUUCAGAAACAAUGAAGACGGAUCAGAACCGGACUAACCUCCUGCUGCGGUUCCUGGACUCCCUGGGGGUGCAGGCGCCGGUCCUGAUCAGCCCCUCGAUAAGCGGGCGUUUCUCUCUCCCCCUCCUGAUGCUCCACAGCUCCCGUCUCAGAGGCUUCGUCGCUGUCGCCCCCGUGGGCACCAAGCUGUACAGCGAGCAGCAGUACCGCAGCAUACAGACCCCGACUCUGAUAGUCUUUGGUGCCCUGGAUGGCAGUCUGGGGACCCAGUCAUUGAAGAACCUGAGCCAGCUCCCUCACCACACUGUAGUGCGAAUCGAUGGAGCCAAGCACGCGUGCUACAUGGACAAGCCAAGGGAGUUCCACCAGGCACUGCUCAUCUUCCUCAGCAAGCUGAACAGAGAGACUCGUUCACAGCACGGAAGAAAAAAAGAAAUCCUUUCGGAAGAAAAAAAAUAAAAUGCUUGAGUGCUUGAGUUUUAAUUAAGUCGCAUGAAAAAACAGCUGAUUGUGGCAAUGAAAGUAGGGAUUCACUAAGGCCAUCAGGCAUGUUCCUUGUUAUAUCUCCCCAUUGUGCUGUUUAGGGGUCAAGUAGGUAGCCCCUAAAAAACACGGGCGCUACUCUAUAACCAAAGUUACCUGUAAAAACAACCAUUAACAAGCAGGAAAAAAAAUCCAAUUUCUUCAAAAGUUGCUACACAACAAGUGGAGGCCAUUUGGCCCAAUAUUGGCUCAUCUAGUUAAAAGGAUGCUAAAAUAGUAUUGUCAAUUUUUAAAAAAACAGAUUAAAACUAAAACCUGGUGCUAUAAUUAGGCGUUAAAAUUAGACGCAUGUUUCUUUGUGUUUUGUAAAUAUACAAGGCUCUUCAAUAAAUGGGAAGGAUGUGAAAUGCUACUGGUUGGUGGGAACCAACCCUAUGAUUCUGAUGCUGCUAUAAUUAUAGCUGCUUUUAAAAAAUCAUAGUUUUUGUUAUUUAAAAGCUGCUAGAAGUGUAGCAGUGCCAGAGGUUAAAUUAGAUGUGAUCUGCUGGAUCACAAUUAUGAAUGAAUUCCAUAACACCAAGGACAGACAGUCACUGGGACAAGCAGUUUAUAAUUACUAACUAGGUAUAUAUAUAUAUAUAAAAUUAGGUAUUGACAACUGUUCAUUUAAGGGCUUCUACCCGCACCUGAGGUUUUAUUUUUUAUGUGCAAGUUGUUUUUUCUUUUUGGCUAGUUUCAUUUGUGAGCGCACUUUGCAAAAUUUUAAUCUGGAGGGUUGGAGUGGUCAGUUCCGACUCCCACCUUACAGCACAAGAACAGAACCACUUUCCAAAUGAGCAAGUCCCAGGAUGACUUCAAUUCCUUGUGUUAAAAUUACACAUGUCCUGUGGGAUUUGUAGUUCUUUCAUGGUUCUUGGAGUUGAACUACAAACCUAUCUUGUGGAACUUCAAUUCCCAGCACCCUUUAAAACAUGUUACUGGUUAAAUAAAUAGCUGGAAAAAAGUUUAUUUGUGUAUUUAUUUAAUGAAAUAAAUGUUAUUUAAACUAACAA